AUGAGACGCAUGUUUUCUGGAAACUUCGGGAUGUCGCCGUUCCUGAGCCUGACCGAUGGGAGUGUGCCGGGACUCGCUCGUACUGCAGCCCCCCGUGACAUGCAGGCCGGUGCCUUAUCACCAUUCGAUAUGAUGGGAAUGGGGGGCGGAUUCAUGGACAUGUUUGGAUUGAUGAACGAUCUUAUGGGAGGUGUGGAGCAACUCUCCAAUGCGUCAAACUGUCAGACAUUCUCUUCUUCCACGGUCAUAUCCUACUCCAAUAUGGCGGGCAGUGGCGCCCCUAAAGUAUAUCAGGAGACAUCACAGACCUGCACUGCUCCUGGCGGGAUUCGCGAGACAAGACGCACAAUGCGAGAUUCAGACAGCGGGAUGGAACAGAUGAGCAUCGGUCAUCAUAUUGGAGAGCGGGCGCAUAUCAUGCAGCGCUCUCGCAACCGUCGCACGGGAGACCGCGAGGAGAGACAGGAAUAUUUUAACAUGGAUGAAAGUAAGCUGUCUGCUUGGGAGGAUCUGAAGUUAGAUGAUGCUGCUGGUUUUAAUGAAGAAUGGCACAGGGAGACCUCCCGUUACCGGAGUCAAAGGGGCUUGCCAUAUAGGAGAGCAGCCCCAGAGGAGAGACUCGCCAUCCAAGGACCUGAAGACAGCACAGCCCGUCCAUCCCGCCGAUACGACUGGUGA